AUGCAGGAUCACUAUAUUGGUAUCGAUGUAGGCACUGGUUCUGCUCGUGCUUGUCUAAUAGACUCGUCCGGAGAUAUUAAGGCCCUAGCCUCGGAAGCUAUUAAGCUAUGGCAGCCACAACAAGGCUACUAUGAACAAUCGACCACGGAUAUCUGGCACUGCAUUUGUCAUUGUGUUCAGCGAGUCGUACACCAGUCUGGCGUUAACAUCGACCACAUCAAGGGUAUUGGAUUCGAUGCUACUUGCUCCCUAGCAGUCUUCUCCGAAGAUGACGACCUACCUAUCACAGUCACCGGCCCAGACUUCGAGAACGAUGGCCACGACCGAAAUGUUAUCCUUUGGCUAGACCAUCGUCCCGUCCAAGAGACUGACAAGAUCAACGCCACCGACCAUAACCUACUACGCUAUGUUGGAGGCAAGAUGAGCAUUGAGAUGGAGAUCCCCAAAGUGCUAUGGCUGAAGAACAACAUGCCCCCGGAGCUUUUCAACCGUUGCAAGUUCUACGACUUGUCUGAUGCGUUGACCCACCUGGCCACGGGCAACGAGAAUCGAAGCUUCUGUAGCACCGUAUGCAAGCAGGGCUACGUCCCAAUAGGUGUAGAUGGAAGUGAGAAGGGUUGGCAAGAGGACUUUUUCAACGAGAUUGGGCUUGGAGAUCUAGCUAAAGACAACUUCAGGCGCAUGGGUGGAGUAAACGGAGUGAAUGGUAAAUACUUUAGUGCUGGCGAGCUUGUCGGCCACCUAUCCGAAAACGCUAGUAAGCAGCUAGGCCUGCACGCUGGCAUCGCUGUAGGUAGCGGUGUCAUUGAUGCUUAUGCUGGUUGGGUUGGUACCGUAGGAGCGAAGGUUGACACUGAGUAUGGUCACGCCGAUGAGAGCGCUCCCGCGAACGAUCUUGCCCAAGCCUCUACUCGGCUUGCCGCCGUAGCUGGUACAUCUACUUGCCAUCUUGCCAUGUCCGAGAAGCCUGUAUUCGUAAAUGGAGUAUGGGGACCCUACCGUGACGUACUCUUACCUAAUUAUUGGUUAGCAGAGGGCGGUCAGUCGGCGACGGGUGAGCUUCUAAGGCACGUCAUAGAGACGCACCCAGCACACAAAGAAGUGAUACCUCUUGCCGAAGCUAUGCAUAUGAACAUCUAUGACUACAUGAAUAGCCACCUUAGGGAGUUGGCUGAGAAGACUAGUGCUCCCACAGUCUCCUAUCUUGGCCGACACUUCUUUUUCUAUGGCGACUUAUGGGGUAACCGGUCGCCCAUCGCGGAUCCCAACAUGAAGGGCGCGGUGAUCGGUCUCAGCCCGGACUCUAGCGUGGACGGUCUUGCCCUAUAUUACUAUGCCACAAUGGAGUUCAUCGCCCUGCAAACACGUCAAAUCAUUGAGGCCAUGAACACUUCUGGUCACAACAUCCAGACCAUCUUCAUGUCCGGCAGUCAGUGCCAGAAUGACAUGCUCAUGGACCUUAUCGCGACGGUCUGCAGCAAGCCGGUGCUAAUUCCCCGCUACGUCCACGCUGCCGUGGUGCAUGGAGCAGCCAUGCUUGGUGCGAAGGCAGCUAGCGAGGAUAACGAUGGAAAGACGGAGAACCUCUGGACUAUCAUGGAUCGCAUGAGCAAACCUGGCCGACUCGUUAAGCCCGGGUCCGAUGCCAACGAGAAGAAGCUCUUCGAUGCCAAAUACGAGGUCUUCCUGGAGCAGUGCCGUACCCAACGGGACUACCCGGGGCAGGCUCCUGCAAGCAGUCUGUUUGGUGGAAGUCUUAAUCCAGCAGCCAACACAGCUACUGGUCAACAAGCUCAGCCUACUCAGUCUACCUCUUCUCUUUUUGCACGCACUACCCAGCAAAAUACACAGCAGCAGCCACCGCAGCUUGGCAGCAGUUUGUUCAGUAAUAAUCCCACUCAAACCCAGCAACAACAGCCUCAACAACCUCAAGCUACCGGUCCAUUUGCCAAUCUUGCCAGCGCGACAGCGAACACCCAACAACCUCGGCCAGGAGGAAGUCUAUUCGCUUCACUCAACACGGCACAACCUCAAACACCUCAGCAGCAGCAACAGCAACAACAGCAACAACAGCCUCAGCAAAGAAGCAUGUUUGGCGCGACUCUGCAGAACCAGCAACCCGCUGGUGGCCUUGGCCUUGGACUUGGACAGUCAACAAACAAUCUCCCUCAAGGAGCCUCGUCUAUUCUUGGGGCUAACCAGCUCAAUGCUAGCACGCUGCCACAGGGAAACACCACAGGGUACUUCGACAGCCUACUCUCGAAGAGCAAGAAGCAAGGAAACGAAUCAUCUCCACUCGAAGACCUUCCCAGCCUUCAGCUUGGCUUAGGAGAUCUUCGCCAACGCCUUCGAAAACUUGGCCCGCAAGCCGAUCCUGUAGCUCACGAUAGAGCUCGGUAUAUUCUCGCGGCUUCUGGUGUCGAGCCAGCAUCAGCCGUGAGAGACUUGAACGAUUUCGAUGUUCGAAUCGGUGGCCGCGUCGAACGGCCUGCACCUGCCCCCGUUGCCUCAGAUAUCGAUGUUGAUGCCUAUCUCUCGAACAUCCAGAAGAAGACGACCUUAAGCAUGAUUGCCGAUGGUUUGGAAAGAUCAACUAGGGACUUCGAUAAUUUCCUCGAAGACAACAUUAAUAUGGAGUGGGAGGCUCAGAGGAUGAGAAUCUACGAACAUUUUGGUAUCAAGACCAAAGAUGCUGGACCUGCGGACGGACAACCGGCGGCCAGCGGUAGAGAAUCGCAUGCAGUAGGCUUUGGCCGAUCGCGACGAACAGCUAAGGCUUCACGAUCCACAGCCCCCGGACUCAAGGCUAGUACAUUUGGACGUUCGAACCUACAGAAAUCGGUCAUUGGCACUCCUAGUAAGAUUGGCACUCAUCAGUCUGAGUUCACGGACGUUCAGGAGACGGCCGGAAGCCCGGGUGCUUUGAACGGUGCUGCUUCGUUUGACGAUCGCUUCCUCAGGGAGAAGCAAGGUAGGCUUGCCGAACGUGUUCGCCAACUCAACCAUGCCCGUAUCGAGAAACAACCCUAUCCUAUCUUACACGAGCUCGCACAAGUGGCUGGCAGUUCUGGCGAUAGACACGCUCAGCAACUGGUCGAUGCCUAUCACGCUGCUAUGGCCAUCGUGGGAGAGAACCCGGAAGCGGAGACCUUUGCGGGUGAUGCUACAGCCAAAGAACGCCAAUAUAAAGAUAAAUACCUGGAUCCGAAUGACAAGUCUCCAGGUUCAAUAGAGAUGAGAAAACGAAUUCUCAACGGGGCUAAUUCUUUCUUGGAAGGAAAGUUUUUCCAGGAGGUUGAAAAUCUCAUUGCAAAACACCCUCGCGAAGCUAACUUGGGUGGCCGUCCGGAUGUGAUCAGUAAAAUCAAGGCUUACGUUCGAUUACGAAACACCAGGAAGAAUCUCGUACCCGACAAUAUCGAAUUACAAUCGGUCGACGGGGAGUACGUCUGGGCUAUCGUGUUCUACCUACUUCGAUCCGGAAAGGUUGUCGAAGCAGCUGAUUAUGUCAAGACCCAAUCUACUACAUUCAGGAGUAUCGACCGCACCUUCGCGUCAUACCUCCUCGAGUAUGUCAGUAGCCCCGACAAGCGCUUGAGACGUGCGGUGCAGGAUCGUUGUAACAACGAGUAUAACCAACGAGCCCGCAAUGCGCCGGAAAACUCUAUUGACCCAUUCCGCAUGGCGUGUUACAAGAUCGUCGGCCGUUGCGACGUGAACAACCGCAGCCUCGAUGGCCUUAACACGGAGAUUGAAGAUUGGAUAUGGCUCCAGUUCAACCUUGCUCGUGAGAACGACAAGGCAACCGAAGUGGCGGCUGAGUCGUACGGAUUGCAGGACCUGCGAGCGAGUAUACGAGAAAUUGGUCUUAAGCACUUCCCCAAAUCACCAAGCGAAGAUGACAAUAGCUCCUUUGGCAUGUACUUCUUCCUACAGAUCCUCUCGGGAAUGUUCGAGCAGGCCGUCGCAUACCUUUACGCUUUCUCUUACGUGGAUGCGAUCCACUUCUCUAUCGCCCUCGAGUAUUACGGUCUUAUACGCCCCGCGGACCCUUGGACCACUGCCGACUCGCUUCUAUCUCACGACACCCGUUCGAGACCGCAGCUAAGCUUUGGUCGUAUGCUGGGAUAUUACACGCGCGAUUUCCGUGCUGCCGACGUUGCCUCUGCCGUCGAUUAUAUCACAUUGAUCUGCCUAAAUGCCGACUUAGGCGGCGAGGCGGGACGUCAGCAAGCAGAGCUUUGCCACUUCAGUAAACUCAUUGGCGACAUUCGACCAGACGGACACCGAAUCACCGGUCUCGUGGAAGAGCGCGCCUCGCUUAUCGGCUUACGAGAGGAAGAUGACUUCGUCAAGACGAACGGCCGAACAACAGAUGCGGUGUUGUUGUACCAUCUAGCUGCUGACUACGACAGCGUGGUGACCAUAAUUGGUGAGGAUCCUAUGCGCCUGAUGCCGGCGCAACCAGGCAGCAGCUUGAGCUUAGCAUCCAUCGACGAUCCUAUCCAGCUUGCCAUGACGAUGAUGUCUAUGUACGAGAAGGACGCCAUGUUCUACACGAAGAUCGAGGAUCAGAACCGGGUUGCCUGCCACAUCCUUCUGCAGAUGAGCGACAUCAAGGUCUUGGUGGAGGGUAGCCAAUGGCCUGAAGCUCUAGACAAAAUCCGAGCACUCGAAAUCCUACCCCUCGAUGCUAACGGCGAUCCGGCAAAGAUCAGACAUUACGCAGCUACGUUUUCGGGACUGUCGCGAACAGUUGCCAUCAAUGUACCCAACUUACUGAUGUGGACGAUCACAUGUUGUAUUCGGCAGAGGGAGCGUCUCAUGAGCGGACAAUUCAGCGGCAACGAGGGUACGCGACGGAUGAUGUGCGACAACCUCAAGCAGAUCAGCAUGGACUUGACGACAUAUACAAGCCAGCUGAGAUACCGGUUCCCACCACACCUCCACGAAGCUCUCGCAAGAGCUUCAGCAGACUAG